UCUAGAUUGAAGAGUAUAAAAGCUGCAUGGCUCACAUAUCUUCCGCACAGUAGAGCUCCAUAGAUCCUUGGUGGCUUUCCUUGGGCACCUCGAGUGGUCAUCAUGAAGGCGACAAUUGCGGCUAUUUGUCUCGUGGGCCUCAUCGCCUGUACGGCAAAUGCAUACAUGCUUCCCGAAGAAGAUUCACGCCCUGAGGAGGCGUUUAACAGCGCCGCUCAAGAAGCUGUUCAACUCGGUGAGAUCCUUCUGGACGUGGCACAGACGCUAGCUGAGGACGAAGAACUUAGCGCUGAGAGUGAGGAGUACUUCUUGCGUGCUCUCUGGAGCAAAGCAAAGGAAGCUGUGAAGAACGCUACUGAGCAGGCGAAGGCGUCCAUAAAAGGGGCAUAUAAGGAUGCCAAGGACAAUAUCAAGAAGGUCGCUAAGGAAGCCAACGAGAAGUUGAAGGAAAAGGCAUCUGAGAUCAUGGCGAAGUUGUUGAGCAAAGUUAUGAAUGGCUAUGCUCUGCAAGAAGCCGAUUGGAAGAGCGUAAACUUUAUCAAACUCUUUGUCAAUAUCAUCAAGCAAGCAGCACAGCGAUUUCUGAAGAUCGGCAAGGCUCUGGAACACCUGCAGAACUGAUGACAAUAAAAAAGUCGAGAUACAUAUUCAUUUUAA